CCGCAGUCCAGAGCUCGAGAUCCCGCCCGUCUGUCCGCCGGAGGCUCACGAGCUGCGGGGAAGCCCGGACGAGCGGAACCGGCGGUACAGCGAGGUCAGCCCCGCUGCGGCGACUGUGCCCCGGCUCACGCUGUUACCAGUGCUGCUAUUAUUUGUCGGAAAUCUGCUUUCCUUUUGUUGCAGUUUCUAUUGUUAUUUCCUGCCGGAUUGAUAUCAUCAGCUCGGGGCUUGUUGGAUUGCGGUACACUCUUCACGGCUCUAGUUUGGUCUGAAGAAACGCUCGUGGAAUAAGUUUGGGUGUCCGUGUCCGUGCGAUGCGCGGGGGCGGGGAGUGUUAGCGAGGCGAUGGGCUGCACCUCCGCCAAGCAGGUGUCGGCCGUGCCCAGCGAGGAGGAGGGCCGGGGCAAGGCCUACAGCAAUGGGGACCUCUUCACUGAUGAGUACAAGAUGAAGGGCGUGGAGGAGGUGAAGUACAUGCGGGCAGGAGAGGAGGACAGAGUCAGCGCCCGGAACCAGGAGAACCUGGUCAGUCAGCACUGACCUGCAUGCUGGCCACACACUGACCCACACACACACACUGA